CAACUAAGUUUUUAAAGCUGUGACGCAAAAGGGGCGGGGCUAGGUUCUGCCUGAGAAGCCGAACUCGGGGCAGCAGUUCUCCCCAACGUAUUAGCCGUAGUUAGCAAACAUGAGCGCUUAGAGCUAACGCGUUAACUACCGGCCAAAUCUAAGAAUCAUAGAGUGAGACUGUAACAUCCGCACGUCGCGUUAUUGUGAAUCGGCCUCUUCCUGCGUUCCUGACGGCGGCUCCUCCUUCCAGACUCGACAUGCGGUGACCGACCUGCUCCCAUGUUGCCCUCCACCAGCGCCGCGGUUCGGUCCGCUGUCAAGCUGCUGCCGCGGCGCAGCUGGAGUCCGGGACGUGUCCGGAGUCCGUGCAGAGACAUUUCUGUCCAAGCGGGCAGUUUGAAGCCAAAGAUGGUUCCUCCGCGCUACCUGGGUCAGCCCAGUCCCUUCACUCACCCCCACCUCAUCAAACAGGGUGAAGUGAGCCCAGGUUUGAGCCAGGCAGACUUCGAGCUGCGCAGACACCAGCUGGCUUUGCUUAUCGAGGCGCAGGCAGAGCGGCUCGGACCGUCCGCCUCCUCCUGCACCCACGUGCUCAUCGUUUUGUCCCACGCCACCCACUACAUGACCAACGACAUCCCCUAUCUCUUCCACCAGAACCAGGAUUUCCUCUACCUCACUGGGUUCCUGGAGCCUGACAGUGCCUUGGUUCUUCAUGGGAAAGGACGGCCGGACCAAGCCGUCCUGUUCGUCCCCCGCAGAGACCCGGGACGGGAGCUGUGGGACGGGCCGCGGUCCGGGAAGGACGGGGCGGCUGCUUUGACCGGAAUAGAGAGAGUUCACAGCACUGAAGAACUGGGGGUUGUGCUCAAGAGCCUUAAAGGCUCUCUGCUGUGGUACGACAGUUGUCAGCCUUCGCACCCUCGGCUCCACCGGGUUCACGUCUCCCCUCUGCUGGAGGCCGGGCCGAUGCCGCGCUCCCUCAGGCCCCUCAUCCACUCUCUCAGGGCCCGUAAGAGCGGUGCUGAGGUGGCGCUGAUGCAGGAGGCGGGUCGCAUCACGGCGCUGGCUUUCAGGAAGACGAUGGCUCUGUCCAAGGGGGACGUGGACGAAGCUGUGCUCUUCGCUAAGUUUGAUUUUGAAAACCGGAUCCACGGCGCCAACUUCCUGGCCUAUCCUCCUGUAGUGGCUGGAGGAAAUCGAGCAAAUACUCUGCACUACAUUAACAACAACCAGAUUAUAAAGGACGGUGAACUGGUGCUGCUCGAUGGAGGCUGUGAAUACUUUGGUUAUGUCAGCGACAUCACUCGAACGUGGCCAGUCAAUGGAAAGUUCAGCCCGGCUCAGGCUGAGCUGUACGAGGCCGUGCUGGAGGUCCAGCGCUCCUGUUUGUCUCUGUGCUCCCCGGGCGUCAGUCUGGACCACAUCUACAGCACCAUGCUGGCUCUGCUGGGGCGGCAGCUCCGGCGCCUGGGCAUCGUCAGCGCCAGCACCAGUGACGCCGACCUUCUGAAGGCUGCACGGCGCUACUGCCCCCACCACGUCGGCCACUACCUGGGCAUGGACGUCCACGACACUCCUGAGCUGUCCCGCUCCCAACCUCUGCAGCCAGGGAUGGCCAUCACCGUGGAACCAGGGUUGUACAUCGGUGAGGACAACGACCAGGCCCCAGAGCGCUUCCGUGGCCUGGGCAUCCGGAUUGAGGACGACGUGGUGAUUCGGGACCAGGGAGACGCUCUGAUUCUGUCGGCUGACGCGCCGAAGACCAUCGCUGAGGUGGAGGAGGCCUGUGCCCAGCGGUAGAGCAGGGAUCAGCUGAUCAGCUGAGUGAGCUGUUCUGGGGGCAGGCUGCGUGCUGGGCUUCUCAACGCCAUCACGUUGUCAGGAACUCGAGGCGGAAGCACAUCAAACGAGAAAGAGAAUUGUAGAUGUGAGUCUGAACCAUCUUUUUAACACUUUUGAGGGAGUCAGAUAUAAAAUGUGCUUCCACCCUGAAGGUUGUGAGAUGCUCCUCUUCUUUAAGGGUGAAUUUAAUUGUGUGAUAAUGGAGUCUAAUGCGUAGUGGCUGCUGCUGUAGUCGGGCUGUGGCACAAUCAUGGUGCUGUCAACAGGUGAAACCAAUGCUGAACUAUGAAUCAGAAUCCAACCCUGUUCAAAUGUACAAGGUCUUGGACCCAACAGUAUCAGCGCCACGCUGACCUCCUCCUUCAUGGUUCUGCAGGUAAUCCAGUUCAAAGGUUAUGACAGAGGAACCUGGUGAAUCUGGAAAUCUGAUGCUGCUUACACCGAUCUGUGAUGUGUUUUUGAAGAAUGUACUGACAUCAGUGUGUUGUUCUAUUCAGCAGAAAGAAACUGUUAAAAAGGUCUCAUUCCUCUUA